AUGUCAGAUUUGAAUUCGAGAUCUGAGUUUAUUAAUAAAUUAGAAAACCUUAUCCAAGAGAUUACUACUAGUUUAGAGAAUGAAUAAUAAUAAUCCUAAUAAAAGAAAAAUAAUUAAAAACUAGAGAGUAGUGAUGAAGGCUAUUUUUUUAAAAAUGAUGAUUACUAUGGUCAGCAAGGUAAUUUAUCAUCUACAAUUGAUGUUGCAAGUGUUUUCCUUAGUUAGUUAAGCAAAUUUAAAGAACAAUUUGAAUAAACUAAAGAGAUUCUACUUUUGGUGCCACUUGAAAAAACAUAAUGCUAGCAAUAUUUAGCAAAAAAUUUAGAACUUUAUCGAAGUAAAUUAUAGCCUUCUUUAGUGAGAAGUUUAAUAUUAUUCAAUAAUUCAGAAAUUGAAAGACAAAAAGUUGAAGAAAUUAAAAAAAAAUUAUAAUAUUAUAUAGAAUACUAACCAUAACAAAUUUGCCCUAUCCAUAAGCAAAUAGUUGAAUAAGUGAACAUAUCAGGUGACCUUAAUUUUUCAAAUCGAUUAUUAUGUAAAUAAUGUGGUAGUUAUGGAUUAAAUAUACAAGUAUUUUUGAAAGAAUAUUUGAUGGAUUUUUUUGAGUUUAAAAUAAAUUCAGAAACAACAAGAUCUAUAAUAAAUAAAUAAAUAUAAGAUCUUUCCAAUUUAAUUCUGUCUUAAAAAAACCUUAAUAUUUUAUAUAAUGAUUUAAAUGCCUAAUUUUAAUAAAGAAUAAGUAUUAUUGAUGACAUUGCUGGAUCUUAAAUAAACAAUAUAGACAAAUUAACUAUUAUGGCUAAUGAUUACGUAAAAACUUAAGAUGAUUUCCUCAAAUGGAAUCAAUAAUUUAUUAAGAAAAUAUAAGAGAAAAGAUAAGAGGACUUUGAGAAAGUAUAAUCUGAAAUAAAAAGUAUUAUUUACCAAUUUGAUUUUGCUUCACAUUAACUAAAACAGAAGGACACUUAAAAAAAUAUACAAAAUUUCCCAUACAUUUACAAAAAUAGUAUAAAAUAAUUAGAAACAUGUCAAGUCUUAAGCUUUAAUAGAAAUGAUCAGUUGAUAGCAACCGCAAAAGCAAAUAUAAUAGUUAUAUGGAAUUUUUAAAAUUGCUUAAUGAACCCGAUUGCGGAGUUAAAGGGACAUUAGAAAGAAGUAAGUUGCCUUUUCUUUGAUAAGAAUUCAGAAACAUUAAUCUCAUGUGGUGGUGAUUAUGAUCGUCUUAUCAUCCUUUGGAAGUAUCUUGGAAAUAAUAAAUGGAUAGAGCAAUAAAGAAUUUCAAAUACAUUAGGCAUUAAAGUAAUUGAUUUUGAUUAUAAUAAAAAUCUAUUAAUCGUAGGUUGUUAAAAAGGCAUAAUAAAAACUUUUGAAUUCCAACCAGAAAUACCUCUAAUCAAUGAGAAGUAAGAAAUAGAAUUAGAAUCAACAUAAGCAAUUUAUGGACUUAGUCUUAACCCUUCUAAAACAUUCUUAGUAUCAUGUGGAUAAGAUUCAUAAUUAAGAAUGCUCAAUAUGGAUAUUAAUUUCAAAAGGAAUAUUGUAACAAAUUGUGAUUCUGUAGGGACAAGAGUUAAAUUUAUUGACGAUUAAUCGUUUGUCCUUGUUUAAAGAAAUGGCUGGUUCAUUUAUUAUAAAAUAGAAUGGAACACUCUAAAGGAAAUGUAACGAAUAUCAUUAUCAUCAGAAAAUCAUGAUUUCAUCUUUACUCCUAUAUAUUAUAACUCAGAUAAAUAAUUCUUAGUUGUUAAACAUUACAAAGCGAUGUAUUUUUUAAGAAGAUCAGCUCAUGGAUAUUUUGAAAAAUAAACUAUGCCCUUAGUAUAUGAAUCUAGUUUUUUAUAUGCAACAAUUUCGAAUAAUGGAAAAUUCUUAGUUACAUGGAUAGAUAAACAAAAUGAAUAAACGAUAAAGGUAGAUUUAAUUCAACAUUAUCAUAUAUACGAAUUAUAGUAAUAAAAUGCUUGA